GUAGCGGGCAGCAUACUCUACCUCGUCUUUCCUGGCUGCUGUGAGCUAGGGUUGGCUCGCCCAAGAUCGGGUCACUGGCAGCUGACUCCCCUGGGACCAGGUUUCCUGCAUCUUCCAGGGACCAUGCAUCAGUCUUACUGACCCAGGAGUACGGGCCUGUGGGCAGAGCACCUGGAAUGGGCUGUGUGUUCUGCAAGAAGUUGGAGCCUGCAUCCAAGGAGGAUGUUGGCAUGGAAGGGGACUUCAGGAGCCAAGCGCCUGAAGAACGAUAUUAUCCUGACCCAACUCAAGGCCAAGGCCGGUCGAAGACCUUCUCUCUUCAGCCUACCAGCCCAGCUUUUCUUAAUGCUGCUGGCACCACCAGGAGCAUCUCAGGGCCUGGAGUGACCAUGUUCAUCGCCCUGUAUGACUAUGAGGCCAGGACAAGGGAUGACUUAUCCUUCACCAAAGGCGAGAAGUUCCACAUCCUGAACAAUACCGAAGGUGACUGGUGGGAGGCUCGGUCCCUGAGCUCGGGACACACUGGCUACAUUCCCAGCAACUAUGUGGCUCCUGUGGAUUCCAUCCAGGCUGAAGAGUGGUACUUUGGAAAGAUCAGCAGGAAGGAUGCAGAGAGGCAGCUUCUCUCAGCGGGCAACUCUCAGGGAGCCUUUCUCAUUCGCGAGAGUGAGACAACCAAAGGUGCCUACUCCCUGUCCAUCCGUGACUGGGACCAGAACAGAGGCGAUCACAUAAAGCAUUAUAAGAUCCGAAAGCUGGACAUGGGUGGCUACUACAUCACCACACGGGCCCAGUUCGAAUCCGUGCAAGACCUGGUGCGGCACUACAUGGAAGUGAAUGAUGGUCUGUGCUACCUGCUCACGGUGCCCUGUACCACCAUGAAACCCCAGACGCUGGGUCUGGCCAAGGACGCCUGGGAGAUCGAUCGUAGCUCCAUAGCGCUUGAACGCAGGCUGGGCACUGGCUGCUUUGGAGACGUGUGGCUGGGCACAUGGAACUGCAGCACAAAGGUGGCCGUGAAGACGCUGAAGCCGGGCACCAUGUCCCCAAAGGCCUUCCUGGAGGAGGCACAGAUCAUGAAGCUGCUGAGGCAUGAUAAGCUGGUGCAGCUGUACGCCGUGGUGUCAGAGGAACCCAUUUAUAUUGUGACAGAGUUUAUGUGCCACGGUAGCUUGCUGGAUUUCCUAAAGGAUCGAGGAUGCCAGAACUUGAGGCUGCCCCAUCUAGUGGACAUGGCCGCCCAGGUAGCUGAGGGCAUGGCCUACAUGGAACGUAUGAACUACAUCCACCGAGACUUGAGAGCAGCCAACAUCCUGGUGGGGGAACAGCUAAUAUGCAAGAUCGCUGACUUUGGGCUGGCACGACUCAUUGAGGAUAACGAGUACAACCCCCGCCAAGGGACCAAGUUCCCCAUCAAGUGGACAGCUCCGGAAGCCGCCCUCUUUGGCAGAUUCACUGUCAAAUCAGAUGUGUGGUCCUUUGGGAUUCUGCUCACUGAACUGAUCACCAAGGGCCGAGUUCCUUACCCAGGCAUGAACAACCGAGAAGUUCUGGAACAGGUAGAACAUGGCUACCACAUGCCAUGCCCUCCAGGCUGCCCAACGUCCCUGUAUGAAGUUAUGGAACAGACCUGGCGUCUGGACCCAGAGGAGAGGCCCACCUUUGAGUACCUACAGUCUUUCCUGGAAGACUAUUUUACCUCCACAGAACCACAGUACCAACCUGGAGACCAGACAUAACCUGGCCCGGCAUCAAUGACCUUCUGGGAGUGUCUACUUGCCCUUGCCAACCCCCAGGGCUCUCUGAUCCCAGUGCCCCAGACUUGGAACUCUGAAGCCAUUUUAUAGGUGGGGCAAAUGGAUGCUAGAAUAUCAUCUCUUACCUUCUCUGACCCCAAACACUCUCUCUUCCCUUCCAAAAAUCUAGGGCAUCCACUCAUGUUACAGAUGGAGUAAAUGGAUGUUCAGAACUCAUCUCUCAUACUCUGACCCCAGACACCAUUUUUCCUGUCCUACUAGGCUCCUAUAUGUUAGCCUCUUUCUUCCAUCGCCUAAAAAUACUCACACUUUGUCUAGUUAUUUAUAAAAUUAUAUUUCCCUUC